AUGUCUACCCCCGCGAGCCCCGCAGAUGUUAAGCUGCCUCAGCGGUCUGGCACCGUGAGCAGUGGCUUCACUCGGCGCACCUCGAUGAGCGAUGAUGAGGCUAUUCCCCAGACGGAUAGCAGUGAGACUACCACUCUCCUGCUUGAGCGUCUCCGCGCUUGGAAGCACAUGUGCGGAUAUCUCGAGGAUUACUUUGUUGUGACCGCCAAGGUGCAAAAGUCUCAGUCCAAGGAUUAUGAGAAGAUCUUGAAGACCGUCAACGAACCCCUCAAGGAAGGCCACCACUUCAGCUCCAGCGCUGGUGGUGUGACUGGAUUGUUCGAGAACCUCCGAAACAACACCCAGGGUAUGGUGAACAUGUACCUGGAAGGCGAAAACAAUCUCAAGAAAGGCGUCCUCCCCACCCUUGAGCGUCUUCACAAAGAAAUCAAGAACAAGACUAAGGAGCUCAGCUCCGGAGCCUCAAAGGGUGCCAAGGCAGUCGAGAAAGCUCGCGGCCUAACUCAGAAGCACAUUGAGCUUCUAGGCCAGAACUCGGCCUCGUUCGACGCAUACGCCUCGAACAAGAUCGAGCAACCGCACGACCCGUACCUCUUGAAGCGCGGCAUCAACCACCGCCUUAACAACCAAGUCAACGAGGAGAAUACCCACCGCCAGGACAUUCUCGCCGUGCAAAACUCUUUCCAACAAUUCGAGGCCCAUGUCCUCCAAACCGUCCAAGGAACCUUGGAACAAUUCCACCAACAAAUGAGCGGCCAAACCGAACGCCAGCGCGCAAUGUACGCCGACAUCCUCAGCACAGCCCAGCUCAUUCCCCCCGACUUCGAAUGGGUCAAUUUCUGCGUGCGCAACGACGCAACCCUCGUCAACCCUGACUCCCCACCCCGCUCCUUCUCAAGCAUCACCUUCCCGAACAUGGGCCACCGCUCCACCCAACCCCUUAUCGAGGGCUCGCUGGAGCGCCGCUCACGUGCCGUUAUCAAGGGCUACAGCACUGGCUACUACGUCGUCACUCCAGCUCGCUACCUGCACGAGUUCAAAGACAACGACGACUUCCGUCGCGACCCCACCCCAGAACUCUCCCUCUACCUGCCGGACUGUAUCGUCGGCGCCAUCGACGGCGUCAAAUUCAACGUCAAGGGCAAGGAUGUUUCCUCCGGCAAAAUCGGUAACGCCUUCCACGCAAACACCGAACUCAGCUUCAAGGCCCAUACCGCCAAUCACGCCGAGCAGUGGUGGUCCAUCAUCAAGGACGCAACUCGCAGUGCAGCUGCCGCCGCCCCAGCCGCCGCAGCUGCCGCCGUUUCCCCGACAGCUACAUCUCCAGGCGCAGCUGGCUCCGCCAGUCCUUCGCGCAGCGUCUCGGGCCAGAGCCAGCUGCCCCCUACCUACGCUGAGAAACAGCAGGAAGCGCAGGCUGGCCAGACUUCCGGUGUGGCGUCUACUUCGCCGGUGGCUACUUCCCCUGCUGCGGCCUCGCCCGUCGAGGCUAAGGAUAUGGCUCCUACCCCUGGUAUCAAUCGUACUACGAGUACUGCUAGCCACUUCCACGGUUCACCGGGUGGCUCGGCUGUGCAGGAGAAGUCUUAA